AUGCGGACCAACACAGAAAAUAAUGAUGAAAAAGAACAUCAUCUCUCCACACUAUCACCAUACAAGCGGGCAGAGUAUGAGUGUGUGAGUGGUAUCACUACACUACGGCAGGCACUUCACAACGUCACCCAACUGGAGAGUCAAACUAAUAAUAAUAACUAUAAUAAUAAUAAUAUUUAUAGUAAUAGUAAUAAGAAUAAAAAGAAGAGUAAUAAUAAUAAUAAUAAUGAGGAUAAUAUGAUGGAAUUGAUUAGGGCACGACAGUCUGCACGGUAUGCACAUCAGCAAUUAGACAAACUCGCAAAAGACGCCCAACGUGCGGCCCGUCGUGCGAAUAAUAUUUACGAUGCGGAUGUGAAGGAAUUAUUACAUCACGUCGAUACAGCCAAGCGGUGGUAUCGGGAGUGUUUCCGCGUAGUUCCCGCAUAUGAACAAGAAGAAGAAGAAAGAAAUAUAUCUACACAGGCUGUAGGGAUAACAGAUCUCAGUAGACCACUUCUCCAGGGGAAUGGUAAGAGUAAUGAUUAUUAUCCUUAUAAUAAUAAUAAUAAUAAUAAUAAUAAUAAUAAUAAUAAUAAUAAUAAUAAUAAUCUGCAGACUUCAUCCUUCUCUCUUCAUGAGGAUAAGGAAUUUCAAAGCUACGCCGCACAAGUGCAGGAGAACUCGGAACUAGCAGAUGCCGCACUGGAUCGUAUUGCCAACGGUAUUGUGCGAUUGCAGGAUAAUGCGAUUCAACUCAGUAGUGAACUGCACACACAGGAAACAUUAUUGUAUGAAGUGGAACGGAAAGUAGAUUUGACGACGGUGAAAUUAAGUGGACUUAAUGCGAAACUGCGGAAGGCAUUAAAGAGUGUUAGACGGAGUGAUUGUUGUAUGUAUGUGUUUUGCUUUUUCCUGCUAGUAGCAGUGAUUGUGGUUAUUAUUGUUUUGAUUAAACAAUAA